GCUUCGAUCAGUGAGGAAAGAUGCAUUUGGUGGGAGAUUGAACGACAAAAAUACAAUCUAUAAAGUCAACUGAAAGAUGAGAUUGUCUACUGUCUUGCCUGUGCUGCUGUGUGUUUUGACACUAGUACAGAACAUAAAUGGACAGCGACUUCAUUCAACUCCUGCAUCUAAAUUAAUAACAAAUGUUACUCUUUGUCCCUUAAUGCUACCCACACCGAGUAUAACUGAUACAUAUUUUGGGAAGAAAGCUGUGUUUACUGCGUUUGUAGAAGCAAAACUGGAUCCUCCGCUAGAAGCUCGAUGGCAGAGAAUUAAGAAUGGUGGUAAUGAAGAUAUUAAUAGAUAUGAUGUAAAAUAUGAGGAGACUCAACAUCUUCCUUCUCCAAAACUUGUCAUCAAUAACGUCACUUUUGAUGACGUUGGAUAUUAUCAACUGCAAGUCAGAAUUUCUGGAGGCUGGUGUAAUAGUAGUAGAGUUCGCCUACGUAAAGUAUGGGGAAUUUUACAGUAUAAUGUGAAAUGUAAUUUUGAUGGCGAAUGUGAUGAAAGAAGAAAGAAUUUACAGUGUUCAAACAGUAAAUGCCUGUGUCAGUCUUCCUAUUAUCACCAGCAUCAGCUGUGUUUUCCUGAGUCCAACCUCAGAGCCGUCUUUUUACACUCCAACAUUACAACAUCUGAGAUAAAUGUGAAGUGGAGACAUCCAACCACGGACUCUGACCUGAUACAGUCCUACACAGUCACUAUUAGAGAUUAUGACGGAUCCACCAGAGUCAGCAUCUCUGUUGGAAGACAAACCAGCUACAGUUCUAAAUCCAGCUUUGACCCUGGUCAUUUGUACUACUUCAAAGUAACAUCUACUAUACAACUAACUGACCCAGAGGAAACUACUUACGUUAGUAUAGAAAAACCGCUCGUUGUAGAACCACUCCCUCCUGGUGCUAUAGAUAGAAACACCAGUAACUUCCAUCCUGAAAAACUUCAUCUGAAAUGGACAGCCCCAGAAAACAGAACACGUGUCGAUCGAUACCGAAUAAACAUUGGUGGAUACAACUACUACUCAAGUUCAACUGAAACACCCAUUUCACGAAGAUUGGAACCUGGUAGAAAUUAUACGGUUACAAUUGUAGCAGAAAGCUGGCACAGAUAUUCCUAUAGAAGAAGUAGCAAGCCAUACGUGGAGGAAAUCAAAACACUGCGUACUCCAAAAGUCAUUAUUACCGGGGACAGUUACGUAUAUCCCCUAUAUCUGUCAACCCUGGAGAUUAAAGCUUCUCCACAAAAUUUUUCCGACUUUCCGCCGACGUUAGAGACACGAUGGCAAAGGAAUGGCGUAGACAUCAACAUAACAGACGUGAGAUAUAACGGCAGUUCUCUCGAUCUGUUCAAUCCUAAACUGGUCAUCAAUAGAGUGGAUUUUGAUCAUGAAUAUAGAACAUGGUAUCGAUGUACUGCGCGGAACUCAGAAGGAUUGGGAACAAGCACAUUUGAGACAUGGGUGUAUGUGAAAGGGAGUAUUAAAUUUCUUGAGCCGUGCAAUAAGACCAGGGAAUGCCUUGAAAAUAUCCGUUUGACCUGCCGUAACAACAAAUGUCUGUGUGAUUCCUCGUCUUACCACAGAAACAAAGUCUGUUAUAGCAGAAAUUAUCUACAACCACAAUCAGUUAAUGUUCAAAGUUCUACAUGUGACAUGACGAUCACAUGGCAGCCUCCCUCUAAGGACCAGGAUCUGGUGUCAGGGUACCAAGUCAUUACGUCAGAGAUGGUUUCUGUUGGAAAUAAGACGGAGUACACGACACCUUGUAAACUUCAACCUGGACGGCUAUAUAUAGUUUACAUUCGAUCUAAAAUUCAAUUAAGUGAUCCUAAACAGGAAAUAAGUGUGGAUUCCGAUUCCUCCUCUACAAUUCUAGAGCCACUGAGACCUGGACCAAUCUUACGACGUUUGAGUAAUUUUUCCGCUGACAAUCUGUAUUUGAGAUGGGAGGCAUCUGGACAGAAUAGCUUUGUUAGCCGCUACAGAGUCACGAUAGGGGAUCGUAGUCAGCAAACCAUAGCCAGUGUUCCGGAGAUCUACUGGAAAGAACUUCUGCUGCCCGUCACUCUGUAUAACGUCACCAUUACAGCUAUCAGUUACGGAUAUAUAACUAAUUAUCCUUCUUACGGAUCAAGGGAGAGUCUUCCGUCUACAUACUGGAUAGAAACAAAGGAAAGUCAGUACACUGGAAAGGCGUAUAUGUCUUAUGGAGGAAAGGAUGGGGUUUUACAAGGAGAUGACGUCACGAGUGGGCUCCUUAGAUCCCCCACAACAGUUUACAUCGGAGAUGGAUCUGAUGGAGGAUUCAAUUCGGUUGUUAUUGGUUCUAAUGGCGUUUUUGGACUUGGGGAAACGUUCAACAGCAUCACAGUACAUGAAAUGGAUUCUAUCAAACUCAAAGAAAAGCGGAUCAUUUGUCCUUUUUGGACGGAUCUGUCAUCAGGCGACACUGGAAAAGUGUACUAUAACACUUAUAGAAGAGGAAUAGAGGGAGAUAGUGAAGACUCGGUGUUCAUGGAGAAAGCGGACAGUAUUGUUAAGAAACAUUUCAGGGAUCUGAGAGGUUUCAAAGCAACAUGGCUCGUGAAAGUUACGUGGGAAAACAUGACUCUGUAUGGAAACAAAAAACAGAAAGUCACAUUCCAAUGUUUCCUCAUCACGGAUGGAGAAAAUACCUUUACAGUCAUUAACUACAUAGAUGUCGAUUUGAAACCAAUACGCAAUCGUAAAAUUUCCAUAGGAUAUCGUUACAAACAAUUUGUCGCUAAGAACUCCUUCACGAACCAGAAAGGAGCAUUUAGAAUGAGUGUAGUUCCUGGAAAUAGAGGGGAACGUGGUUUCUGGAUUUACAAAAUGACAGAGGGAGUGCAGUCGAAGAGAGAUGAAAAAGAAUGUUUGUUAUGGUACUCUUUUAAUAUAGAAAAUCAAAUACACAAGACAUUUUCACACAUCUUUAAUGACAUUGAAUGUCCAUGUGAUCCCCGUCUACUGAGGUUUGAUCCACGUUACACCAUCAACAGAUUUGACCGUGUGAACAGAGUGUUGUGUUAUGCUUCAAUGACCCUAGGAACAAAUGUGGAAUGUUGCUUCAAGAUGUACGCCGAUACGGAACACUUAGGUCCCUUACAGCGUUAUAUACCGCUGGCGGGGACAGUCUUGCAGUAUAACCCGUUCUUUGAAAGAUAUCAAUACAAUAACUAUGACUCAAAGCCCAGGGAUCAAUGUUGUAGUACAGGUCACUGUGACUGGUAUUACAAAGUCCGCCCAAUUCCACGCUGUUAUUGGAGAUCACCUUUCCAACCUGGAAUUAAUUUCGGAGAUCCUCAUAUAACUACACUUGAUGGUCUGGACUACACAUUUAAUGGAUACGGAGAAUACACCAUGAUCAGGAUAAAUACCAGUGCAACAACCUUUGAACUCCAGGCUCGGACAGACUUGGCAACCACAGAAAAUGGAACUACCAUUAAUGCUACUAUAUUCAGUGCCUUUGCAGCGCAAGACCAAACGGGCUCUAAAGUACAGGUCGAAAUGUCACGAAACAAAACGGGAAUGAUAAUCCGAGUUAAUGGAGCGGACCUGACAACUAAAUUUAAAAAUACCAACUAUACAUUCCGAACACCGAACGUGUCAUUGCAGUGGGAAAACCAAACAAUAUCUGCAACAUUUCUCAAACCAUUCAUAACUAUGAAAAUCAGCCUUGGGAAACGAUUCCUGAUUUGCGAGACACUAGUCAACAAAAAAUACAAAGGUCUAGUGUUAGGUUUGAUGGGAAACUUUGACGGAAACAAAACGAACGAUUUCAUUCUCCCAAAUGGCACUAUCUUAACAGGAAAUGCAAGUAAAACUGAGAGGGACAUCUUUUACAAAUUUGGACAUCUUUGGUCUGUCAGUGAAAAGUCUACUAUAUUCCACUAUGAUGACGGAUUAACAUACAAGAAUUUUUCGCAUCCUGAGUUUGUGCCACUAUUCACUGAUGAAGUGGAUAAAAACCGCACUAAGGAAGCAAAAGAGAAAUGCGGUUCCAACCCUUCUAAAGCUUGUAUAUCAGAUUAUCUUGCAACAGGAGACAUUAAGUUGGCCGAAUCUUCUGGACUUAAAGAGCAGGAUUCAAAGUCAGAUGUUGCAGUCAUCGAAAAUGAAAGUCCUCAGAUAUCUGGAAAUACCACAGUAUAUGUUGUUGUCAAUAAAGAAGUGGAGAUUAGGUUCAAUGCUUCAGAUGAUGGUAAAGAAAACCCAGCGUAUAGAGUUUUAAAACAACCAGACAAUUUCAUUUUUGAUAAUGAAACAGGAAUAGCAAGAUGGACACCUAAAAAUGCGAGCCUUUCUGAAAUCAGUAUUAUUGCUGUUGACAACCAGGGUGCACAGUCCCCCUCCCUCGAUGUCGCCAUCAUAUUAUGUACUGGUUGUAGUGAUCGAGGGAAGUGUGAUAAGGUCAAUGUCAUCCCUACAGAUAAUGACCUAUUUCACACGGCAGCCUGCAGCUGUAACAAUGGAUAUUCUGGAGAUGAUUGUGAGUAUGAGAUAGAUGCCUGUAUACAGAGCCCCUGUCCUCUAGGUAGGAAUUGUACUGACCUGUCCCCCGAGGAAGAGGUCAAACUGGGCCGCGGAUACAAUUGUUCAGAAUGUCCCACUGGGUAUAAAGAUGUCGAAAAUAAAUGUCAAGAUAUUGAUGAGUGUAUAUCGACUGGAAGUAAUUCCUGUGAUGUUACCAAAGAAACUUGUGAAAACACAGACGGCGGUUACAUCUGCAACUGUUUAAAAGGAUACAGAAAACUGGAUGAUACUUGCAAUGAUAUAAAUGAGUGCAUAGAAGGAACCUCAGGAUGUCAACAAAUUUGUAAAAAUACUCCGGGGUCAUUCAAUUGUUUAUGUCACCAAGGAUUCAAUCUGAAUGAAGACAACUCUACUUGUAAUAAAACAGGUGACGAUCACUGUAGAGAUUUUGAUAAGGAAUGUGAGUAUGCUUGCAGCACUAUAGACAGAACCACCCAGUGUAUAUGUCCAUCUGGGUACCAGCUCACAAAUAAUGGGAUAAACUGCACAGAUAUUGAUGAAUGUUCACUGGAUACUUCUCCUUGUGAUCAGGAAUGUGACAACAUGAAAGGAUCUUUUAUAUGUAUUUGUCGUCCUGGUUAUAGUCUGAACGCUGAUAAAACUUCCUGUUCAGUCUGUGACCUACCAAACUAUGGUGAGAAUUGCAGCCAGGUAUGCGAAUGUGGUCCAGGUGUAAAAAGGUGCGACCCUGUUAGUGGAUGUAUCUGUCUCCCGGGAUGGACUGAGAAAAACUGCAGUGUGGACAUUGAUGAGUGUCAGCUAAACCCAAGUAUAUGUGGUAGCAAUAAACUAUGCCAUAACACCGAAGGUUCCUACAAGUGUGAUUGUUUACAAGGAUUCAAAUUAAUCGACGACAAGUGUGAAGAUAUUGAUGAGUGUAACGAUGCGUCACUGAAUGACUGUCCGGUGGACACUACACAGUGCAGGAACACGUUCGGUAACUAUAGCUGUGAAUGUAAGGAAGGAUAUCAAAAUAGAAACUCCGUCUGUGAAGAUAUUGAUGAAUGCGAGACUCCUACUCACGGAUGCUCCCAGAAAUGUGAAAACGCCAAUGGUGGAUAUAGCUGUUCUUGUGUCUUUGGAUUUACUGUAAAGGAUGAUAGAAAAACCUGUGAAAAGGUCCCAGAUCGAGAUUCUUGUUCCCUUUUUCCGGAAUUAAACUGUUCCUACGGUUGUAAACAACUAGCACAUGACGAUCACAAUGGAGUAUGUUUUUGUGAGACAGGAUACGAACUUGCAGAGGACGGCAAAACAUGCAAAGACAUUGACGAGUGUGGUAAAGUCAGUGACACUUGCGAACAGAAUUGUACAAAUAAAAAUGGAUCUUUUACCUGCGGCUGCGCCAUUGGUUACUCACUACAAAAUGACGGGAAAUCCUGCAAAGUGUGUAGUCAGUAUUUCUACGGUGAGAACUGUGAGGCACCCUGUAAAUGUGGACGAGGUGCCAGUGGUUGUCAUCAUGUGAAUGGUUGUGUCUGUAAGCCCGGAUGGACAGGUGAAACGUGUGAAGUGGAUAUCGACGAAUGUAAAAAGAAACCAUGUGCUGGGGAUCACCUGAUCUGUCUGAACACCCCAGGAUCAUUCCGGUGUCAAUGUAUUACAGGGUUCCAAAACGCCACUGGUGGAAUCUGCGAAGACAUCGAUGAAUGUCAGGAUCCUCUAGCUUGUCACCAGAAAUGUACAAACUUUGACGGAAAUUACACCUGCAGCUGUAAAGAUGGAUAUGAACUUAUAAAUACGAAGGAUUGUAAAGAUAUAGAUGAAUGUAAAACCGCCCAGUGUCACCAAUGUUCCAAUCGACCAGGGGGCUUCACAUGUUCAUGUUACGAAGGCUAUCGACUGAAUGCAACGACACAGGAUAAAUGUCAUAAUAUUGAUGAAUGCGUGGAAAAUAUUGACAACUGUUCAAAAGAUGCCCUCUGCACUGAUACUGUUGGAAGUUUUAAUUGUAGCUGUUUCAAGGGAUUUAAGGGCGAUGGAUACCACUGCGCAGCCUGUAAAGACUUUACCUUUGGGGAACAGUGUUCUGACAGAUGCACAUGUGUUGUAAACAACACCAAAGAAUGCGAUGCUGUAACCGGUGAAUGUCGAUGUAAGACCGGGUGGAGGGGGAAUAAUUGCUCGGAGGAUGUGGAUGAGUGCAAGAAGAACACAACCAAGUGUGACACUAACUUAUAUCAGACAUGCAUUAAUACACCAGGUUCCUCCCAUUGUGAAUGUCGUUAUGGCGGUCUAAACCUUUCUGACUGUAUUCGUCCAAAGUCGCCACGCAAACCAAAUAAAACAGACGUUAAAGUUCGGGCCGAAAUAAGAUUCGACUUUAACCUACCUAAGAAGGAAUUUCUACAAGACAGUGAAAAGUGGCGUGUAGAAUUCGAAAAUUCGCUGGAGAAAUUCUACAAAAAGAGUGUUAGAAAAUUUUCUGCGGUCGUUGUCCUGUCUAUUCGCUUUGGGAGUAUUAUUACUGAUGUAGAAAUUCAUGGAACCAAAACCGAUACGAACGAUCUAGAAAAAGAUGUGGCUAUCAGCGUAACGAAAAUGGUAACGGGAAAAGAAAACAUUACUGUUUCUGGUCACCACAUAAAUGUACAAGAAGUAGUACCAAAAUAUGACAAUGGAACAUUGGGGACCCCUGUAACAACUGAGUCCUCACCAUGUGCUUUGUUUGAAAGUCUUAAUGUUUGUAUAUCUGGGGGAAAAUGCCACUCUUCUGCGGGUACACCAAAAUGUAUAAAAGAGAAAUCCCAAUUGUCAGACCUGUCGACACUAAUUGUCGUCCUGGGAGUGAGCAUACCUUUAUUGAUAACAGUCAUCGUUCUGAUCAUUAUAUGCGGAUGCUACCAACAGAGGCCCAAGAGGAAAGAAAUAAAAAAGGAACUAGACAACACUGACAUUAGACGGAGAAUGGCUGGAGAGUUUAAGGGAAAGGACUCGCAUUCACAGCACAAUACGGAAUAUAACCAAAGAGAAUACAAAGAAUUGUGUGAUGUUUCCUUUCCAAAGAAAUCAGUAAAUGGGAAAAGGGAGGAAGGUUGUAGUAAUCCAAAUUACACAUGGGAUUCCCUCUACGAGAAACUUCAACAAAACGAACAGUUUCACAUCAAACGUCCAACUUUCAACACCAACACGACACACCAAUAUUGAUUGGGAAGAAGAACAAAAGUGGAGAUGUUUCAUAUUGAUCGACGAAAAAUGACAUUUUUAACAUUUGUGUGGUUUGCUUUUGUUGCUUUACUUUUAUAGAUACAUGCCUUGUUUAUCAAAUAUUUAAUCAAGAUACAUUUGUCAUUAGCAAAAAAACCUGAUCUGCAAAUAGAAAGGGGUGUUGUUCAACAUAUACCAUAGUGUUUGCUGAUAAAUUAUUUCAGUUACAUGUACUUGGCAAUUGAAAGCUAUGUCCGACGACGAAAAUUGCACGGGCUUAUACUAUGUAAGGUAAAUAUAAUAAAUUUAAGAAAUAGCCAAAACAUUUUGUUUAAUAUAUUAUUUACACAGACCCAGAAAUGUUUUUAGAAUCAUUAUUGUAACAUAUAUGUCACUAGUAGCUACAUUUUCCACUGAUUUAUCAAUAAAAUAUUCAUUAUUUUCCUUUCAUGUAUUAAAAUGUAACCUUAUUUAUACGACAAAGCACUGUGAUUUGUUUAUUAAACGUAGUUUGUUUUUAAAUCAAA